AUGGGACUUGUUCGCCUUAAUCUCCGACAUACCUCCCGUCCGCCGAACCUGGUCGGUCACGUUUGGCAUGUUCGGCGCAUUGCAACGUCGCCAGGGCCUUCGGCGGGAGGCGGCUCUCCAGCACGGCCAACAACAGGCUCAGGCUUGAUGGCCGACGGGGAGACAGGCCCUGAGCGAGUUGUAAUCCUGGGCUCGGGAUGGGGUGGAUACACUUUAUCCCGCAAAUUGUCGGCCACUAAAUUCUCGCGCACAGUGAUAUCGCCGCGGUCGUACUUCGUCUUUACGCCUCUCCUUACCGACGCCGCCAUCGGGUCGCUUGAUUUCUCUGAAAUUGUCAAGCCGGUCCGAGAUCGUCAUAGUAAUGUCCACUUCGUCCAAGCGGCCGCGCGAGCCGUCGAUUUAGCCAGAAAGACCAUCACAUGCGAAGCCAGCGUGGUUCGCAGCGGCGUAACGGAGACAGCAAGGGUCGAACAGCGCCAGCAUAUUAAGCAUGGGCUCAGUCCUGGGCUCGGGCCCCCAGAGCGGGGAGCCGAGAGACAGCGACAGUGGGAGUCCGGGGAAAUUUUCGAAGUGCCUUAUGAUAAGCUCGUUGUCGCUGUCGGAUGCGUGAGCAGGACAUUCAACACUCCUGGAGUGAGGGAGAAUGCCCUCUUCCUCAAGGACAUCGGGGACGCACGACGGGUGAAGAGACGGAUAAGAGAAUGUUUCGAGCUGGCAGUCCUGCCCAACACACGGCCUGCAAUGCAGAAGCAUCUCUUGCAUUUUGCGAUUGUAGGUGCUGGGCCGACAGGGAUCGAGCUAGCUGCUUCACUGUGCGAUUUCAUCCAUGAAGACUUGGUAAAGGUUUAUCCAAAGCUGAAAGACUUAAUUCGCAUCACCCUCUUUGAUGUUGCGCCCACGGUAUUAAGUACCUUUGAUGAGUCCCUGUCCAGCUAUGCCAUGGGCACCAUGAAGAGAGAGGGGGUCGAAGUGAAGACGAAUCACCACAUAGAGAGUCUUCGCUGGGGGGAACCCAACACCCCCGGUCCGCACGAGAUGGACCCAAAGGGCUGUCUUACCAUCAAGACCAAAGAGGAUGGGGAAGAAGGCAUAGCAAUGUGUGUCUGGGCUACAGGUAACGAGAUGAACGAGUUCGUCAACGAUGCCCUAGGUCAAGUCGAUGAAUUCCCGGCCUCGUCUGCCCUGGAAAGGCUCGAUCAUAUCCCAGGAUCCCAAUCGGCAUCAACAUGGAGUGUAAAAAAGGCCGAAAAGACCGGUGCUCUGUUAGUCGACGACCAUCUACGAGUCCAACUCCAAUCCCAGGACGGACGAACAGUUACCCUCAAGGAUGUCUUCGCCAUCGGCGACAACUGCAUGCUGGAAACCAACUCACCACCCGCAACAGCCCAGUCCACGAACCAGGAAGCCAUCUGGCUCGGCCAAUGCCUCAACGCAGCCACCACCGACGCCGACCUGUCGCGAGCUCCCGGCUUCGCGUUCAAAAAUCUAGGCAUGAUCGCAUACCUAGGUGGCUCGCGAGCGCUGAUGCAGUUUCCUCAAACGGGCCAAGGCAAAGGUAAGGCGUCUCUUCUGCCCAGAGGGCUUACAGGGUAUGCUGCAUGGCUGGUGUGGAAGGGCGCAUACCUGUCGAUGAGCAUCAGUUGGCGUAACCGACUGCGUAUUUUGUAUUCUUGGAUCUCCAACUGGAUUUUUGGCAGGGACAUUUCGAGGUAUUAG